CAGUUAAUCGUGGAUUUGCCACAACCGACUGCAGUCAGGAGCUCCAGCAGGGAGAGGUAGCCACUGCCAUUCACUACUCAGCCUCUAAUUUAUUAUUAGCUCUCUUGGAUUUAUCCGUUUGGCUUUUUUUUUGCCCAUGUUCUCACUUUACGCAGCCCAAAGCCGCAUAUUUGGAUCUCAGGUGUGAAGGUGCACGUUGGGAUUUUUAGAGAGCUGAACGUUCGAUUCUACAACCAAGCGAUGGCCCUUUAAAUCAAGCCGCGGCGCGGUGGUGCUGACAGCGUUGCUCUGUUUUCGCGUCCCCAUGUUUAAGACGGUCAGUUACCCGGCGGUGGAUCCUGCGCCCACCAUCAUGCACGGCGCAUGGCUGACCACAGGCUGCCGAGAGAACGCGCCCGUGGCGGUGGAGAAGCCCAAGAAGAAGGCGUUCAGCCUGGUCAGAAUAAUGUCUCUGGGUAACAAGAAGGGCCACGAGCACAAUCCGCAUCACAACAACAACAUGCCUUUCACGAUCCACUGCCAGAUCGGGAAGGAGAUAAAGCACAUUUGCAGCAACUGCAGCCGCGGGAACAACACGCAGGACGCUGAUGAAGUAGAGAGGCUGGCUGCCAUGCGUUCCGAGUCUUUGAUCUCUGGCACCCAUACCCCACCCAUCCGUCACAGGAGCAAGUUUGCAACUCUCGGGCGCCUCCUCAAACCCUGGAAAUGGAGAAAGAAGAAGAGUGAGAAGUUCAAGCAGACCUCUGCUGCUUUGGAGAGGAAGAUGUCCCUGCGACAGAGCAGAGAUGAGCUCAUCAAGAGAGGGGUGCUGAAGGAAAUUUUUGAAAAAGCCACCGUUGAAUUCCGAUCCUCGAUGGACGCCGGCGUCUGCACUCAGGAGCCCUCGAUCAAGACUUCUAUGGUCCUCCCUGCCAAGAAAUCCGUCACAUUUCCCGGUGACCAUCAGGAUACCCCAGCCAAGCCUCCGCUUUACCACAAACAGCCACCUGCUCUGCCUCCAAAGCCUUUCUCUAGGAUCCCAAACCAUAGCACAGAUUCUUGCCAGCCAGUGAAGUUGCCCUGCAUGCCUGUGGGGAAACACUCGCCGCCACUGCCUCCCAAGAAAGUGAUGAUUUGUGUGCCUCCAGGGGGGCUGGACUCCUCCCCGUCUCCAUCCCCUAACCCCCUCAGCUUGCUUCCACCAAAGUGCGGCCCUCCACCGGGUGUGCCGCCCCACCACGGCAUGCUGCUGCCCUCCCAGCUCGCUGGGCUUUCAGGGUUUCACCAGAGCCACGGCCACCCGCUCCAGCUUCAGUACGGCAGCCUGCACGCCCCCAGCCGCAUCAUCGAGGAGCUCAAUAAAACCCUGGCGCUCUCCAUGCAGAGGUUUGAAAGCUCUGCGUUGCUCGGUAGUCUUCAGUGUGCGCCUCUGGAAAGAAGAGAAGUGCCGUCAGUGAUUAUCGACUAUGAGGACGACAAAGAGAACAUGCCCAAUGAGUCAGACUAUGAAGAUCUGCCCAGCAUGUAUAAGGACGAGGAUGACGAUGUGGACGAUGAUGAGGAUGAUGAUGAGGAGGACGACUCUAUAUUUACAAGUACAUUGGCAAAGAAGGUGCUACGAAAAGACUCUCUGGCCAUCAAGCUGAGUAAUCGUCCAUCCAAAAGAGAGCUGGAGGAGAAAAACAUCCUGCCCAUGCAGACGGAUGAGGAGAGACUGGAGUCGAGGCAGCAAAUAGGCACCAAACUCACGAGGCGAUUAAGUCAGAGACCCACAGCUGAGGAACUAGAACAAAGGAACAUCCUCAAACCUCGCAAUGAGCAGGAGGAAAUGGAGGAAAAGAGGGAGAUAAAACGAAGGCUGACACGAAAGCUAAGCCAGAGGCCCACUGUAGAGGAGCUGAGACAGGCCAAAAUUCUCAUCAGAUUCAGCGACUACGUGGAGGUGUCAGAUGCCCAGGACUACGACAGGCGGGCAGAUAAACCCUGGACUCGACUCACAGCAGCCGAUAAGGCGGCCAUCAGGAAAGAGCUCAAUGAUUUCAAGAGCAAUGAGAUGGAAGUGCACGAGUCGAGUCGUCAUUUAACCAGGUUUCACAGACCAUAAUAGACCACAACUGUCUCGAGCGGUACCGGACCCAGAGGUCCGCUCCACUGAGAACCUUAAGUGCUGGACGUUUAAAACGGUGCCCGUCUCUACGAAAACAAAACAACAACAAAAAAGGCCAUGUCUUCUGAAAUGCCUUUUCAGGACUUACACAUCUGAGUCAGUACUACACCACACAGUGCAGCCACCCACUGCUCAGUCUCCUGUAGUAGCACAAAAUGACUCUAGGUAAUGCACCUGGCCCCUGUAAGGAAUUCACUCGGCUGCCAUUAAACCUCUCUGCUGAGCUCCCAGACUGGUUCUCAGCUCUGUGUGGACUGGGCAGCACAAGAGUCAUUUUGAUUGAGACCUAUGACAAAUUAACUUUGGUUCAUCAGUAACAUCAAAUUUGUCUCAGUGGACGUAUUUUUAUCCCUUCCGCUUUAUUUACGCAGACACAAUGAACUCCUAGCUCCUGUGGACAGCACCAAAUGGUGGUGGAGACUUGAUUGUUCUGAGCCAGAAGCUCCACCUUCACAGCACCUGCUGGGACUUUUAAAAGAGACAAGAGAAUGAGGCCUCCAUCACUGGAAUCACGUGCAAUGUUUUUCUUUUACAGCUUUUCUUAGACUAUAGCACCCCCUGGAGUGCGCUUUGUGUGUUUUAUUUGUAGCCCUGCCCCCUCUCUUCAUAUGUGCAAUUCAGACAAAAUUGCUAACUGUGAAUUUGAGAGCCUGGAUCAAUUCCACCCGCUCUUCAAAUGUACAUUUUGUUUAUACAAAAGAAGAAAAGGUACAUUCAAGAAACAAAAUUAAAAAUAAAAAACAAAUCCACAGUUAAAAUGUUCUUCAUGCCUUAAGCAUUCUGUGUGUAAAGAAAAGCAGCUCUCAGAUAUAUUCUGGUUUCCGAGUGUGCAACAUUUAUCAGUUUAUAACCUUUUUUGUUAAUGUUUUGUUUGUCAACGUUUCGAUUUAUUUGUUUUGUUUUUUUAUAAUUGCAUGUGUGCGUGUGCGCGCACGUGCGUACAUAACAGCUGUACCGUUCUUGAAAUGUGCGCUGUAAUUUUCACUUUACUUUUAUACUCCUGUUACUCAAGCUUUUUGUAAAGCGAUACCCUCUGUUUGUAGAAAGAUGAUUGAACAGCAGAUGGAUCCCCCUCCGCUCUUUUAUUAGUAUUUAUUUGUGCAUCUAGACAGAGCUUGUAUUUCAUUUUUCUGUUUAUUUUCUUGUUUAUGGAAAGGCUUUACCCUUGAGGGCACAUCCAGUGUUUCUCUUGACAGAACCACCAACAAACCCACCUCUUAAGCUUUACCAACACAUUCAUACGAGAUCCUCUAAAACUGUCAUUGAAUAGGGGGGGUUCUUUAUUUAAAUGAUGGUCUCAUUCUCUGACUUACCUUUUGUGACCAUUUUAACUGCUUUGCACAGUUGAGACUUCUUUUUUUCUCACAAAUGUGUGAAUUAUUGUCAGGUUUUUGAGUUGGAACUGUCCGACAGUUGAUCUCACACAAAUGCUCACAUUUUAAGCUUUAUGUGCACAGAAUGUUUUUUUAUCUUUGUUUUUUAUUAUAUCAUAAGUGAAUGAAACAGUUUUCAGAAGGUGGAAUUUUUGGCAACCGAUUAUAAUGCAGAGUUUCUCUUUUCAGUGAUAAAUGACCUAAUGAAAUCUGGGUAUUAAAUAAAGUUUGCAAUGCAUGGUUAGUAUGUGCCAAAAUGGAUGUUAUUGGUGUUCUGGGCUGUUUUUCGUCAGAAUUGGAACUCCUUAAAAAGAUUUCAUUGGACCAUCUAAUCCUACAGAGACAUAUGCAGUGUUUUGUGUUAAUAUCAAUAAGCUUAAUGCAUCUUUUUAAACACGGGUUCAGAACAAUAGAGCAUUAUUAUGGAUUUAUACAGUUUUAAGUGUGUAAAUGAAAUCUUGAGCCAGUGAACUGAGUUUAAGGUUUUGCAUUUUGCUGGAAUCGGUGAACAUGAAUUCAGCAAUAACCAAUUUCAUUGAUCUAAUUGGCAGAACAAGUGAAAGUGGUCCUUUUUUAAACAUUUCUGUAAUGCAGAAUUUCAUGUAAGGAACACAUACAAAUUAAAGUUUAUUUCUGAAUGCA